AUGCCGAAGCGAAAAGCUAUUUCAAGAAUAUCGGGUCUGGUCGACUCCGACGACGAGGUGGCCGACGCCGCAGUCGCGUCGCAUCCCGAUUCUCACGACGAACGACCUGUAAAAAAGUCGAGAGGCAGGCCGAAAUCGUCAGGUGCUAAGAUUGAAGAGCCAGUCGCAGCUUCUAAGCCACAGCGUCCUUCAUCUGCGGGCAUAUUGAAGCAGAAUGCGCCUACUACCAGGAGAGCCACCGGCGGCCGAGGGCGGCCACGAACAACUACAACCGACCCCGAACCAAUUGAGGAAAACACGGAAGAGGAAGUCCAGGAUAACGGAGAAAGUGCACACAAUGAACUUGCUGCAGCGGUGGUGUCACCAAUCAAAAGGAGAAGGGGCCGAGGACGGGAAGCGGGGAGCAAUGCAAAACAAGUCACAGAAGACGGUGAAUUCGAGUAUACACCGACGGGGUCGAGGCAGCUAAAACCUACAGAAGAGCCUUCAAAAAGGCGUGCGAGACAACGGCGGUCUGAGGAUAGUCAGAACCCUACUUCAGUCGGGAAUGAUGCGACAGCAGACGACGCAGAAUUUGGGGACAGAGUACCCCAUGCAGUUUCUCCACUAAAAUCCUUGACCAACGGGGAACGGCCUGAUCGAAAACGCCCGACUGUGACCUUUGCGGACACCGAGAAAGCAUCGUCCGACUCCGAUCUGAGACGCAAGCUCGGGGACAUGACGAAAAAGUAUGAGACGCUGGAAGUAAAGUAUCGUAAUCUACGAGAGAUUGGUAUCGUAGAAGCCAAUACGAAUUUUGAGAAACUAAGGAAACAGUGUGAAAAUGCCACAAAUGCGUCCACUAAGCUCAUAGAGUCUCUGAAAGAAGAGCUUGCCGCUCAAAAAGAACUCGGCAAGCAAUCUCGCAAUUUACAAAAGCAGCUUAGAGACCGAGAAAAAGAAGUGGCGGGCCUCCAAUCGCAGGUUGGCGACCUCUCGACACAAUUGUCAACAGCUCAGAGCGAAAUUAAAGCAUUGCAAACGAAGCUGGCUGCUGCACGAAACAAUUCUGUGGCUACCGAGCCCUUGAACGUCAAAGCUCCCGGAAGUGCGGUCAAGACCGUUGCCAACCGCAAUGCUGUUGCGAGUGUCGCUGCUGAAGCUGCCCAGGCAGCUCAUCUUGCGCAGUUAAAGGAAGACCUGUAUAGCGAUCUGACGGGCCUGAUCAUUCGAAAUGUCAAGAAAAGAGAGGCAGAUUAUCUCUAUGACUGUAUCCAGACUGGCGCAAAUGGGACCUUGCAUUUCAAACUUGCUGUCGCGCACGAUGGGAAAGGCAAUUUGGCUGUCGCCAACUUCGACAGUGCCGAGUUCCAUUACAUGCCGCACCUCGACUCCAGUCGCGAUGCGGAUUUGCUCGAGAUUUUACCAGAGUAUCUUACUGUGGACAUUACGUUUUCACGGCAGAAUGCGUCCAAGUUUUAUACAAGGGUGAUGGAUUCCCUAACAAAGCGCCGCAUCGAUCCUGACGAGUAG